UUUUUUUAAGCUGCAGUUUGUCUUGCAGAACUAUAACUCAACAUGUACGUCAUUAAGCGAGAUGGCCGUCAGGAACGUGUCAUGUUUGACAAAAUCACCUCCCGUAUCCAGAAGCUAUGCUACGGGCUGAAUGCGGACUUUGUCGAUCCCACCCAGAUAACGAUGAAGGUGAUCCAGGGCCUGUACAGUGGGGUAACCACUGUGGAACUGGACACACUGGCCGCGGAGAUCGCCGCCACUCUCACCACCAAACACCCAGACUACGCCAUCCUGGCUGCCCGCAUCGCGGUGUCCAACCUGCACAAGGAGACAAAGAAGGUCUUCAGUGACGUGAUGGAGGAUCUGUACAACUACAUCAGCCCUGUGAGUAAGCGCCACUCUCCUAUGAUCUCCAAGGAGACGCUGGACAUCGUGUUGGCCAACAAAGACCGCCUCAACUCCGCUAUCAUCUAUGAUCGGGACUUCUCUUACAACUUCUUUGGAUUCAAGACCCUGGAACGAUCUUACCUGCUCAAGACGGAUGGGAAAGUUGCCGAGCGACCGCAGCACAUGCUGAUGCGUGUUUCUGUGGGCAUCCAUAAGGAAGACAUCGCCGCUGCCAUAGAAACGUACAACCUGCUGUCAGAGAAAUGGUUCACUCACGCCUCUCCCACACUCUUCAAUGCAGGCACCUGCAGACCCCAGCUCUCCAGCUGUUUCCUGCUGGCGAUGAAGGACGACAGCAUCGACGGCAUUUACGACACCCUCAAACAGUGCGCCCUCAUUUCCAAGUCAGCAGGGGGCAUCGGCGUGGCCGUCAGCUGCAUCAGGGCCACGGGCAGUUACAUCGCCGGAACAAAUGGAAACUCAAACGGUUUGGUACCGAUGCUCCGUGUUUACAAUAACACAGCACGUUACGUGGACCAAGGAGGGAACAAGAGGCCAGGAGCGUUCGCCAUAUACCUGGAGCCCUGGCACUAUGACGUGUUUGAGUUUCUGGAGCUGAAGAAGAACACGGGGAAGGAGGAGCAGAGGGCCAGAGAUCUCUUCUACGCUCUCUGGAUUCCCGACCUCUUCAUGAAGAGAGUAGAGAACAACCAGGACUGGUCUUUGAUGUGUCCCAGUGAUUGUCCCGGACUGGAUGAAUGCUGGGGAGAGGAGUUUGAGAAACUUUACACCAGGUACGAGGAGGAGGGUCGGGCGAAGCGUGUAGUGAAGGCGCAGCAGCUGUGGUACGCCAUCAUCGAGUCUCAGACGGAGACGGGGACGCCUUACAUGGUCUACAAGGACGCCUGCAACCGCAAGAGCAACCAGCAGAACCUGGGAACCAUCAAAUGCAGCAACCUCUGCACCGAGAUCGUGGAGUACACCAGCAAGGACGAGGUGGCAGUGUGUAACCUGGCCUCCAUCGCCCUCAACAUGUACGUCACCCCUGAGAGAACAUACGACUUCCAGAAGCUGGCCUCUGUCACCAAAGUCAUCGUCAGGAACCUCAACAAAGUCAUCGACAUCAACUACUACCCCGUGAAAGAGGCGGAGAACUCGAACAAGCGCCACAGGCCAAUCGGUAUCGGCGUGCAGGGCUUGGCCGACGCCUUCAUCCUCAUGCGUUAUCCGUUCGAGAGUCCGGAGGCUCAGCUCCUGAACAUCCAGAUCUUUGAGACGAUUUAUUACGCAGCACUGGAGGCCAGCUGUGAACUGGCCGCCGCCCACGGCCCGUACGAGACUUACGCCGGCUCGCCCGUCAGCAAGGGGAUCCUGCAGUAUGACAUGUGGGAUAGGACCCCCACAGAUCUGUGGGACUGGAAGGCCCUGAAGGAGAAAAUUGCCAAACACGGAGUCAGGAACAGUCUGCUGAUGUCUCCCAUGCCCACGGCUUCCACGGCCCAAAUCCUGGGAAACAACGAGUCCAUCGAAGCGUACACCAGUAACAUCUACACACGCAGGGUCCUGUCUGGGGAAUUCCAGAUUGUGAACCCUCACCUGCUAAAGGACCUGACUGAGAGAGGUCUGUGGGACGAGGACAUGAAGAACCAGCUCAUCGCUCAGAACGGAUCCGUGCAGGCCAUCCCGUCGAUCCCUGACGAUCUGAAGGAGUUGUAUAAGACGGUGUGGGAGAUCUCUCAGAAGGUGGUGAUCAAGAUGGCUGCGGACCGCGGCGCCUACAUCGACCAGAGUCAGUCUCUGAACAUCCACAUCGCCGAGCCCAACUACGGCAAACUCACGAGCAUGCACUUCUACGGCUGGAAGCAGGGUCUGAAGACGGGCAUGUAUUAUCUGAGGACCAAGCCGGCGGCCAACCCUAUCCAGUUCACGCUGAACAAGGAGAAACUGAAGGAGUCCCAGCCGACGAAAGCUCCCAGUGAAGAGGAGGUGAAAGAGAGGAACAAGGCCGCCAUGGUCUGCUCCCUGGAGAACCGCGACGAGUGUCUUAUGUGCGGCUCUUAAACCCCGCCUCCUGACAUCUUCUACCUGUCAAUCACAUCCACUCCACCAAUCAGAUUAACAGGCCAAAUCAAGAGCUCCUGUCAUUAGACUCUGAGUCUAAGGUUAGGAAUGAGGACUGGGUGAAGCCAGAUCCAUUCAGUGUU